AUGGCGGACAGAGGCGCAGGAGACCGUGGAGGCUUCGGUCGUGGUUUUGGAGGCCGUGGGCGUGGUGGUGAUAGGGGAGGCCGCCGAGGAAGUGGCCGACGAGGCCGCCGUGACAAUGAGGAGAAGGAGUGGGUUCCAGUGACAAAGCUCGGCCGUCUUGUGAGAGACGGAAAGAUCAAAUCCAUAGAGCAAAUCUACCUACACUCUCUCCCAAUCAAGGAGUAUCAAAUCAUCGAUAUCCUGAUCGGUCCUAGUCUAAAAGACGAGGUGAUGAAAAUCAUGCCGGUGCAGAAACAGACUCGGGCAGGUCAGAGAACAAGGUUCAAGGCAUUCGUGGUUGUCGGCGAUUGCAACGGGCACGUGGGACUUGGUGUCAAGUGCUCGAAGGAGGUGGCCACUGCCAUUCGUGGCUCUAUUAUUUUGGCCAAGCUGUCAGUUAUUCCCGUUAGGAGAGGAUACUGGGGGAACAAGAUUGGCAAGCCCCACACAGUCCCCUGUAAGGUAACCGGCAAGUGUGGUUCGGUCACGGUGCGGAUGGUUCCUGCUCCCCGUGGUGCCGGGAUUGUUGCUGCUCGGGUUCCGAAGAAGGUGCUCCAGUUUGCUGGUAUUGAGGAUGUCUUUACCUCUUCUCGUGGAUCCACCAAAACCCUUGGGAACUUUGUCAAGGCGACCUUUGAUUGUCUUUUGAAGACUUACGGGUUCCUUACUCCUGACUUUUGGAGGGAGACUCGCUUUGCAAAAUCUCCUUACCAAGAGUACACUGAUCUUUUGGCAAAGCCAACUGCUAAGGUUGUCCAUGUGGUGGAGGAUGCCGAGGCUGCCUGA